AGCCAGCCCUGGGAGACACCAGGAGAGAGGAGACUCAAGAACAGGGACUAUUUCACCAGCUGGCAGCUCAGCAUGGCUUUUUCUCACUGGCUCCUCUCUUCUGUGCUCUUUCUGCUGCUCUUCAUAUCUCCUCUUUCAGCACAGCUACGAGAAUGUUACGUUGAUAAUGACAAACCAAGUGUUUAUGAAAAUAACCCAGCUGGCUAUGUGGUGACCACAAUCCAUGCUGAGCAAGGUGUCACCGUAACCAUUGAUCCCUCUUACCCUGAUGCCAAGUUCUUCACUAUAGAGGGAUCUGAGCUACAGCUGAAACAAAGUGUGGACUAUGAGGAAGUCACAGUCCUGCUGGUGUCCCUGACUUGUCAGAACACUGCUGGGGAGCAAGAUUCUUUGCAAAUUGUUGUGACCAUUCUCAAUGUGAAUGACAACAGCCCAGUGUUUCAGGAGCUGAAUCUCAGCAGGGUUGUUCCUGAGGACACAAAAGUGAAUGCAGUCAUUGUAGCCCGUGAAUCUCUAAGUGCCAGUGAUGCUGACCUGGACACCAUCUUUUAUGAACUCACAACAACAGUGGUGGGCACAGAUGGUUAUUUUGCCAUAAGAGGACUCAACAACCCAGAAAUUUAUUUGCAAAAAGCAUUGGACUAUGAGAAAUUUAAAUUGACAACGUUGCUCUUGUAUGCAAGGGACAGGCCCCAGGGCAGCACCGAAGUCACCCACACAGCAACUGCAACUAUAGAGAUUGCUAUUGAACAAGCUGACACCAAACCACCCUGGUUCCUCCCCUGCACCUUCAUCAACACAGACAAGAGUGUUUGCAUCAGCAGCCCCUACGCUGGGAGGGUCAACAUGGGCGAGAUGUCGAGGGAGCCACUCAGCCUGGAGCCAGGGCCCAUCUAUGCUAUUGAUCCUGACUACAUGAUAAAGGAAAAAGUUGUGUACAGUAUUGUUGGAGGGAACACAGAAAAUGUAUUCUCAGUGGAUGCAAACUCAGGGAAUCUAACUAUGAACAAAGCUGCAACUGCCCCAGGCUCCUACCUACUGCAAGUCAUGGCCACCCAGGUUAACAACAUCCAGAAAUAUGCUGUAGUCAGUGUGGAGAUUAAGGUCAUCAAUAAAAGUGAUUAUCCACCACACUUUGAGACCAGGAUCUACAAUGGAACAGUAGCUGUGGGUCUGGCCCCAGGAAGCUUUGUCUACCAAGCUGGUGAUCCUGCAAAGCCUCUGAUGAUAACAGCAAUGGAUGAGGACUUCCCUGAUAAAGUCAACCCAAACAUUGAGUACUACGUAGAAAACAGCACUGAUUUCAUCUCAACCAAAGAUGGCCUCAUCCUGACAAACGUGGUGCUGCACUCACCAGGAACUGUAGCCAUCGAGGCUGUUGGAAAAGAUCUGGUGAGCCUGCAGAAGGCAAGCACUGUAAUCAUGGUGGAGAUCAUCCCUGCUGCAGUUAUAACCUCUCCUGACACCCCAUACACUGCUCAGGAUAUGGCUGUCCUAGGGGGUACAUUGGCAGCACUGCUAUUAAUUGCCUUGGUCAUCCUUGGAGUAAUGGUCUAUAAACAGUAUGGAAAACCAGUCAAACACCUGAUCAGGAAAAAGUUCUCCAAAGAAGUCUCCGGGGGUUACCAGAACCAAUCUUACCAGGAAGAUGAACACCCAGAUGUGAGCAGCAAAGAGCAUGAAAUACCAGAAAAUAGCAAUGUCCAGGAGCCAAGGACACAUGCAUUAGAGCAUCCAGCUCUUUCCUUGGCCUCCUCCAAUGCAGAAGAAAUUGAUAGCCACCCAAAGGUUUCUGUGGCUUCCACCAUCAUCUCUGACCAGGAAGAGAAAGAAAAAGAGGAAAAGAAAGAAAAAGAGGAGAAGAAAGAGGAAGAGGAAGAAAUGGAAGAAGAGACAGGGCAUGAGAAAGAAGUGAAGUCUAUCCUCAAGACAGACAGGCACGUGGCAGAUGAUGGUUAUAAAGCUGUGUGGUUUAAGACUGAUGUGGAUCCAGAUGCUGAAGAGAGGGUUGAAGUGAUUGAGGACAAUGCAGCACAUGGAGAUGAUGACAGUGACCAAGAUCUGCAGAUGGAUGAGGAGGAGGAAGAUGAGGAGGAAGAAGAUGAUGACCACAGAGGGCUGGGAGUGUCCUUUGCCUCAAAGAUCUCAUCACCCCCAGCUGCAGAAACGAUAGUUGAUAUAUCAGAGAUGUAGUGACAGAAAAUGACAGUGACAUUCCAUGGAAAGAGGCAUGCACUCCCCCACCCCCUAAACUGUGAAACUUGGCUGCUUUGCAGACAUGAAGCCCACCUUUCUGCUCAGGGGGGGAAAUGGAAGGCAGGAGCAGGAGGCUGCCUGUCCUGCUUGUCUGCAGUGAUGAUAGACAGACUGCAGCUACUCAACUUUUUAGUGAGACACUAAAAUCCUGACUGAAAUAUCACUUAGGAUUUGGGGUGGGGGGAACAGGAAUCUCAUUUCACCACCUUCCUGCCUGGAGCUCUUGGGGCCCCUUACAUCACAUUUCCCAAACUGGCUGCAGAUACAGCAGCAUUGGUGCUGAACUGACUUGGAAGCCCUUAGCCCACCUCAUGGGAGCAAUUUAGUUUCACAGCCCAGUGUUCAUCUCCUCUUGAUAAA